AUGCUUAUCUCAGUGUCGUGUGAUCCUAAAUCCCUUUUCGUCUUCAGGAGCAACUUGAUGAAACAGAUGUUGAUGAUGACGGUUUUCAGUUUAAUUGUCACUUUAACAGGGCUUGGUUGUGCUUCCACAACUCAGCUUACUUCGGAAAUCAUUUACGACGCCAACGUGCAGGUAGAAGCAGCCAAAGCAGCGAACGCCCAAAAUCUUGCUCCUCAAGAGUUGGCGGAUGCGGAGCAGAUGCUUGCUCGGUCAGAGGAGGUGUUGGAUGCUGGAAGAGAGAAAGAGGCGUAUCGAUUAGGAAUGCGUGCCCAUUUGAAGGCGAAAGUUGCGGAAGCUGUCGCUGUUGCAAAUCAGAUGGAGGCGGAAUCUAGCAGUUCAGAGAGGGCGUUGGAAUUGAAAUUACAGGCUGCACAAGCCGCACAUCGAGACCUUCAAGCGGCAGAAGAGGCGUUGAAACAGCUGCAAUCAACACCUGAAGAAUAGCGUUGCUCCAAAAUAAAAGGAAUUCCUUCGCGCAAUCAGUUCGCGCUUGAUGGAGAGAAUAAUUUUCGAUGGUUAAUCACUGGAGGAAUGGGUUGAGUCAAUUCAUGCGGCACGCAGUACGAA